AUGGCUGUUCUGACAAUCUCUUCCUUAUUAUCUCUCUCUCCUCACUGCGCCACCGCUUCGUCCACUCGCCGUCAGGCGCCGCCAUGGAAAUCUCUGCCUAUGCGGGCCGUGGAAGCUCAGGUACAGCCACGAUUUCACAACUUGCGGAAGGUUCCGAUGCGCAAUUUUUCGAUCCGGUCAUUAUGGACUCCGAGAGGGGGCGUUGGGUACUCGAGCUGCAGCAAUGACAACAAAUUGAAGAAGCACAUCGCCGGGAUUUUCAGAGGGAUGAGUUGCUCUGACGAGUUGGGGAAGCGCACCUCGAAGUUCUUGUUCCAGUUGGCAGUUGCCGCGAUGAUGGUUACUUCCGUAUCUUUUGGCGUCAGCAAUGCUUAUUCGAGCGCCCUAAGCGAAGAGAAUUUACUGUUCUUGGAGGCGUGGAGAUUGGUUGAUCGUGCUUAUGUGGACAAAACUUUCAAUGGACAGAGUUGGUUUCGUUACAGAGAAGAAGCUCUGCGCAGCGAGCCCAUGAAUACUCGCGAAGAGACGUACAAUGCUAUACGGAAGAUGGUUGCCUCGCUGGACGAUCCUUUCACGAGGUUUCUGGAACCUGAAAAGUUGAGGAGCUUGAGGUCAGGAACAGAAGGUUCUCUUACUGGUGUAGGGCUGUCCAUAGGCUAUCCUAGCCGGUCUGGGGAAUCAUCAGCUGGGCUGGUUGUUAUUUCAGCUUCCCCAGGAGGUCCUGCAAACAGGGCUGGCAUUUUGUCUGGAGACAUCAUCAUGGCAAUAGAUGAUAAAAGCACAGAAGGCAUGGGUAUAUAUGAUGCUGCAGACCGUCUACAGGGUCCAGAGGGAAGUUCAGUCGAAGUGACGAUUCGCAGUGGUACAGAAGUAAAGCAUCUGGGUUUGACACGGGAGAAGGUGUCUCUAAAUCCAGUCAAGACUAAACUUUGUGAAAUUCCUAAAUCUGGGAAAGGCUCAUCUAAGAUUGGGUACAUCAAACUGAGUUCAUUCAGCCAAAAUUCUGCAGGUGCUGUGAAGAAAGCUGUCAGUAGUUUUAAGAGCGACGGUGUCAAUACCUUUGUUCUAGACCUUCGAAAUAAUAGUGGUGGUCUAUUCCCAGAAGGAGUUGAAAUUGCCAAGAUUUGGUUGGACAAAGGUGUGAUUGUAUAUGUGUGUGACAGUAAGGGUGUUAGAGACAUUUACGACACUGAUGGAAGUGGCGCCCUAGCAACUUCAGAUCCGCUAACAGUUUUGGUGAACAAGGGUACUGCAAGUGCAAGUGAAAUACUAGCCGGUGCAUUGAAAGACAACAAACGUGCAGUGUUAUAUGGAGAACCCACAUUUGGCAAAGGAAAGAUUCAGUCUGUGUUCCAGCUAUCCGAUGGCUCAGGUGUGGUUGUGACGGUUGCUCGUUAUGAGACACCUUCGCACAUUGACAUUGACAAGGUGGGAGUGAUGCCGGAUCAUCCUCUCCCCAACUCAUUUCCAGCUGACGGUGACGAUGGUCUCUGCAUUUGCCUCCAAGACCCAGCAUCUUGCAACUCCCGUGUGGCCACCACUGCAAUAUCAGCACUGGAGAUGAGGCCGAUGCAGAUGGAUUUCUUCGCCGAAAUGGAAGAGCAAGGAUCGACGGUGGCGAUGGACGUCGAUGACGUUGACCCGCUCGAAAUGUUCAGCGAAGGCAUGAUGAACGAGAGCAAGCUCGCCGACGCCGAUUUCUUCAAUAGUUUCGAGGACGAUUUCGACGACUCGGACAUCAACUGA